AUGGUUAGAUUUAGAGAUGAUGACUUAAUGUCUAAUAUUGUUGAUAGGGAAAUGGAUAAGAGAACCAUGCUAACAGCAUUUUUUGAGAGAAAUAGAAUCGAUGAAACAGCAAGGGUAUAUUUGUAUAAAUAUUUUCCAAAACACUUUACGUGGAAUGGAAGCACACGCCGUUGGAAUCCUCGUGGCCGUAAAAACCAAAGAGGUCGUAUCGUUUCCGCUAAUCCAGCCGAAGGAGAAAGGUACUACUUACGCCUACUUUUGUCAAAUGUCAGAGGGCCUACUUCUUUUGAACAUCUAUGCACAGUUAAUGGUCAACGGUGUGAGACAUUUCGAAAAGCAGCUCUUGAGUUAGGCUUAAUAGAAGACGAUGAAUAUCUAUCACAAUGUCUCGAAGAAGCCUCUACGUUUCAGUUUCCUAAUGCUCUUCGAAGGUUAUUUGCGACCAUAAUGAUUUUUUGCCAACCUGGAGAUAUUCGAAAGUUAUGGAAUGACCAGUUCGAAUCACUGUCUGAAGAUCAUCGGUUACACUGUCAAAGUAUAGAACGAGUUCAAAAUAUGGUUCUUACUGAAAUUAGUGUCUUGCUACAAUCCAUGGGUAAAAAUAUCAAUGAAUUCGACCUUCCUAAGAUAACAGACGAUGUUAACUUACAAGAUGCAGGUUAUCGUGAGUUACAAGAAGAGUAUGGGAUUGUUUUGGAACCUGAACACUUGAGUGCCAAAGAUUCACUUAAUCCGGACCAGAAAAACGUGUUUGAUGAGAUCAUGAUGCAUGUUGAUAAUGAUCUUCCAGGCGUGCUCUUUAUUGAUGGCCCAGGUGGAACUGGAAAAACAUUUUUGUACAUUUCCUUGCUUACUGAAAUUCGGUCACGUGGUCUUAUUGCUCUCGCAACAGCUUCAUCAGGUGCAGCGGCUAAUAAUAUGCCAAGAGGUAGAACGGCUCACUCAAGAUUCAAGAUUCCUCUUAAUCUUGAAAAUAAUUCAAUGUGCAAUAUCAAAAAACAGAGUGGGGCCGCUAAACUGAUUCGGUCUGCCAAAAUAAUCAUAUGGGAUGAAGCGUCGAUGGCUAAACGACAGGCGAUAGAGGCAGUCGAUCGUACAUUCCAAGACAUUAUAGGCGUUAGUCUCCCAUUUGGUGGGAAGAUAAUGGUUAUGGGAGGUGACUUCAGACAGGUGUUGCCGGUUAUUAAACGUGGCACUCGAGCACAGAUUGUAGACUCCAGCGUACGAAUGUCACCUCUUUGGUCUUUGACUAAGAAGAUGCGGUUGACCAUAAAUAUGAGAGCGCUGAAAGAUCCGUGGUUUUCUAAAUUUCUUUUAAGAGUCGGCGAUGGAACUGAAGAACCAAUCGAAGGAAACUAUAUUCGCAUACCCGAUGACAUGACAAUUCAGUGCAACAACAGAGAAAACGCUAUAAAAGAAUUGAUCCAUGCCAUCUUUCCAUCAAUUGAAGAUAAUGUAUAUUCUUCAGAUUAUAUAAUCUCUAGAGCAAUAUUGUCCACUAAAAAUGAGAGUGUUGACGAGAUUAAUAAUCAAAUGAUUGAAAUUUUUCAAGGGGAGGAAAAAGUUUAUUACAGUUUUGAUGAAGCUGAAGACGAUCAGCGUAACUUCUAUCCGGUCGAGUUCUUAAACUCGCUAAAUGUUAGUGGUUUGGCGCCUCAUAAGCUUCAUUUAAAAAUUGGAUGCCCAAUAAUAUUGUUACGUAAUAUCGAUCCAUCACAUAGCCUUUGUAAUGGCACGCGGUUGAUAUGUAAGGGUUUCAUGCGAAAUGUUAUUGAUGCGGAAAUUGCAGUCGGUCAACAUGCCGGAAAAAGAGUUUUUUUUGCCAAGAAUCCCUCUAACCCUUUCUGA